AUAAAUAACCUUUUUAGUUGUUCAUAUCUUGUGCAUACACUUUUCUAUCUUUUGGAUAAACAACAAUGGAUUCUAGUCGCGACGACAGUUCAAGCGAUGAAAGGGGAACUUCUCCGGACACCAACAACAAUCAUGAUAAGAGGAAUUACCACCGCCACACUAGUCAUCAAAUUCAAAGGCUCGAAGCGUAUUUCAAAGAAUGCCCUCAUCCAGACGAUUUGCAGCGACGUCAAUUGAGUGAAGAGUUGAAUCUGAAACCAAAACAAAUCAAAUUCUGGUUUCAAAACAAAAGAACCCAAGCUAAGUCGCACAGCGAAAAAGCAGACAACGCAGCACUUAGAGCAGAUAACAUGAAGAUAAGACGUGAGAAUGAAGCAAUGGAAGAGGCACUAAAUAAUGCGGUUUGCCCUCCAUGUAGUGGUCGUGGUUUUGGGAGUGCAGAGAAAUUACGUCAUAUCCAAAAAUUGCGUGCAGAGAACACUCUUCUCAAGAAAGAGUAUGAAAGACUUUCGAGCUACAUAGCCCAGCACGGAGGCCACCCAUUGCCUAGCGUCGAUGCCUUCACCUCUCUCCAUGGUCCAUCAACCUAUGGAUCGACCUCAACUAAUCGUCGUGCCUCGUAUGGAUCCUCCUCUAACCAUCUCCACCAGCCUUCAUCCUCAUCAUUAAGAGGACCAUACUCUCGUGAAAACAUCAGCAUGACCGCACCGCCCCAGUCGCCAAAACAGCUACCACUGCACCAUUUCCCACCGCUAUCUCAAAUGGAUAGAAUGGUGAUGUUUGAAAUGGCGGAAAAAGCGGUGGCAGAGGUUAUGACUCUCAUUCAAAUCGAAGAGUCAAUGUGGAAGAAGUCGUCUAUUGAUGGUAGGCUCGUCAUUGAUCCAUCCAACUAUGAGAAAUGUUUUGCCAAGAUUAACCACUUUAAGGUCCCAAGUGGUCGUCCUGAGUCUUCUAAGGAAGUCGUGGUGGUCCAAAUGGAUGCAAGAAUCUUGGUUGACAUGUUCUUAGAUACGGAGAAAUGGGCAAGGCUUUUCCCAACAAUUGUGAACGAAUCGAAAACGAUUUAUGUGUUGGAUUCAGUGGACCAAGGAAGAAAAAUCUUCUCCAGAGUGAUAUAUGAGCAAAUGCACAUACUGUCUCCAUUGGUGCCAGCGAGAGAGUUUAUAAUCCUAAGAAGUUGCCAACAAAUGGAAGAAAAUGUCUGGAUGAUAGCUGACGUGUCCUGUAAUAUCCCGAACGUUGAGUUCGAGUCUACGGUUCCCCUUUGCAACAAACGUCCCUCUGGUGUACUCAUCCAAGCAUUGCCCGAUGGUUUCUCUAAGGUGACGUGGGUAGAGCAUGUGGAAGUAACUGAUAAAAUGAGACCACAUCGGCUUUACAGAGACCUCUUCUUAUACGGUGGUUUGGGUUACGGAGCUAGACGUUGGACCGUUAUUCUUGAGAGGAUGUGUGAGAGGCUCUAUCUCUCCUCCGUAUCUGACCUUUCCAACGAUGACUACGCCGGAGUUGUGCAAACAAUGGAAGGCAGAAGGAGCGUAAUGAGUUUGGGAGAAAGAAUGUCGAAGAACUUUGCAUGGAUGAUAAAUAUGGUUCAGAAAUUGGAUUUCUCGCAACAGUCUGAAACCAAUAACAGCGGGGUUAGGAUUUCGGUGCGGACAAACGAUGCGGCCGGUGAACCGCCCGGUCUCAUCGUCUGCGCCGGUUCAUCUUUAUCUCUCCCUCUCCCUCCUCUCCAAGUCUACGAUUUCCUUAGAAAUCUGGAGGUUCGUCACCAGUGGGACGUUCUCUGCCAGGGGAACCCAGUGACCGAGGUUGCUCGUUUUAUCACCGGAACAGACACAAAAAACAAUGUUAAUUUUCUAGAGCCUUCAAGUGGAGGGGAGAAAAAGAAUGAACUGAUGAUACUUCAAGAUAGCUUCAUAGAUGCUCUAGGAGGUAUGGUGGUCUACGCUCCAAUGGAUCUAGAGACAGCAGCAUCCGCCAUUUCAGGCCAAAUCGAUUCUUCCACCAUUCCAAUCCUUCCUUCGGGGUUCAUCAUCUCUUGCGACGGCCGUCCUCUUUCUGCGGACGAGCAGGACGGUGGUAGUAGCUCAACACUCCUCACCGUGGCUUUCCAGAUCCUUGUCUCCGAUCCCCGUUACAGUACUAAUAUCAACAUUGAAGAAUCUGCCACCACAGUCAAUACCUUGAUCAGCUCCACCGUUCAAAGGAUCAAGUCCAUGCUUAACUGCGAAUCAUGAUGGUCUUUGACCAGUUCCCAAAUCUCAACUCUUUAGUUUUCUUUUCCUUUGCAAAUAAAUGUG